AUGAAGGAAAACUUGGAUCUACAGGCUGAAGUGAUCGCAAUCCAGCUUCGAAAAGAUCAACAAUUAUGCAAAGAGAAAAGGAUACCUACUACGCUGGCUUUGCAAUUAUCAUCUGCAUCGAGUUCUCUCCUAGAUGAGAUAGCCUGGCAUCUCACCCCUCACCACGAAGUAUCGAAAGCCCUGCGAUCCAUGAGAUGCAACAGCAUCAUCAAGGGCAUACAGACAUACUUGAGCAAUCUCGAUAAAAUGGCAGGCGAUGAACCGAGCAAAGAUGCCAUCCACGCACCCACAAAGAACGAGCUGGAAACGACCAUGAAAGUGUUGGAUUACCUCCAGAAACACAACUUGGUAUCGCAGACAUCGACAGAUCCUCUCUCGGAUGUAAUACGCACUGUCCAAGCAGAACUCUCAGUGGACAGCACUGUUCGCUCAGCGCAACACAAAAUAUUUCAAAAAGACCAAAGUCCCAAAAACACACAAACCAAACAAAGAUGCUACAUCUGUCGCUAUCUUUUCCAGCCCGCUGACGCCCAUGAGCUGUACCCUUCAUUGUGUCGCCAAUGCGGCAUGUUCAACACAGGCUGCUCGCAGCUAUCGCUACCCGAAAAGCUGAACCUCACCGGCAAAACCGCCCUCGUUACAGGAGGCAGAAUCAACCUCGGCUACUCUACUGCCCUGAGACUUCUACGCUGCGGGGCCAAAGUAAUCAUCUCUUCUCGGUAUCCAGCUGACGCAGCCGCACGAUACGCGGACGAGGGUGAUUUCUCGCAGUGGAGUCCAAGAUUAAAGGUCAUCGGUGCGGACUUCAGAACCGCAACUGAUGCUUUCCGUCUUGUGCAUAUUGUCAAGGCAUUGCUAUCCGAUUGGGAGGGCGAGGGCGUAUCUACCACGCGGCAAUAUCUGGACAUUCUCAUCAAUAACGCCGCACAGACCUUGACAGAUCCCAUCAAAGCAGAGAUCAAAGCAAUUUCCAGAGAGGAAGAUUUAAAAGAAAGGCCCGAGACCAAGCUUUUGCUUGCCGGCGUGGCCAAUCGAUACCAACCACAGGUCCGCGGCGGACUCCAAGCAUCUUGGAUACCCAGUAUCGAGGGACAGAACCAGCUCCAGAUCGAAAACGGAAGUACAGAGAAUGGUCUAUCCAGAGAUCAUGUACCCCAAAAGGGCCUCCGAACUACCGAACAAGACCCCUCAAAGUCAUCCUGGGUUCAAAGUCUAAACGAGAUACCCUAUGAAGACUUGAUAAGCGCACACUCAGUGAACGCCUUCGUCCCAUUGAUUCUAUGCCGCGAACUCCUCUGUCACAUGGGCACCGAGAACCCAAGCUCGAUUCUCAAACCGCAGGGAUAUAUCGUGAACGUCUCAUCCCGAGAAGGAAUUCUCGAAGACGUGCCUCGUUCACGUAGUAAGGGUGGUCACCAUGUCCAUACGAAUAUGUCCAAGGCUGCUAUCAAUAUGAUUACGGAGACAGAGGCACAUUCUGCGUGGAAGACGCGGCGGGUUGCUAUGAAUUCUGUGGACCCGGGGUAUAUGAGUGCCGCGCCGGAGUGUCAGCGUGAGGACGGAUGUCCUAUUAGGUUCGAAGAUGGUGCUGCGAGGGUACUUUGGCCUAUUGCUGUUGGUGAGAUCGAGGGACGGGUUAUAAGUGGCAGGUUUAUGAAGCACUUUCAAGAAGGUGUUGCACUUACGCAUAGGGGAUAA